CUCCAUGGACAAGAUGUCAUCAGCAGCUUUGAACGCUGGGAAGAAAAAUCCAUACACAGCAGUCAAAGUAGAUCCUGAUGAGGAUUACUGUACCCCAGGUGCAUUUGAAUUAGAGCGACUCUUCUGGAAAGGAUCCCCGAAGUACACUCAUGUCAAUGAAGUCUGGCCCAACCUCUACAUAGGAGAUGAGAAAACUGCAUUAGAUCGCUACAGCCUUGAGAAGGAAGGUUUCACCCACAUCCUCAAUGCUGCCCAUGGUCAGCGGAACGUGGACACAGGACCAGAAUAUUACCAUGACAUGACUGUGGAGUACCAUGGAGUGGAAGCGGAUGAUCUCCCCACUUUCAAACUCAGCCAGUUUUUUUAUUCAGCUUCUAAAUUCAUUGAUAAUGCACUUAAAAAUGAAAAAAACAAGGUUCUGGUUCACUGUGCUAUGGGUCGCAGCCGGUCAGCCACACUGGUCUUGGCUUACCUGAUGAUUUACAAGAACAUGACAGUGGUGGAUGCCAUUGAGCAAGUAUCAAGACACCGAUGCAUCUUGCCAAACCGGGGAUUCUUGAAGCAGCUGAGAGAACUGGACAUAGCGUUGGCACUGCAGAGGAGGAACAACAAAAACAGCCUACCAUCUGAUGAUGAUGGCAACAGCAUCACAAUCUAGUAUUCUUCCUGGCAGGGUUGUGCUACUGGAAAACAAACUCCACAAAAGGA